ACUCACACUCAUGCUAACAUCACAUUUCAGUUUCUUUGAUAGCUUAGUCCAUGCUGGUGAUUUCUGUUUUCUUCUCUAUGACAGCAUCUGUAGAAGAAAUGUGUCUGAACAAAGGCAAAAUGUCUCUCAGCAUAGGCUGCAUCCUGAUUUCCGUUCUUGGUGGUGAAAACAUCAGAUUGAAGGCCAUUCAGCUGUACCUGAUGUUUGUUCCUCUCGGCUGCUUCAAGAUUAACCUCUUCUGUGACUUAGGGCUGCUUUUGAGGAAGACACAGCAGCAGCCUUAGAGCUAGAACCCAUUAGGAAGGCCCUCUCAUCUUUUCCCCAUCUUGCUUCCUUUUCUCUUCUCCUAACCCUUUCAUCUCCCUUGUAGCAGAACAAGUAGACUUAUUGGUUGGGGUUUGCAUCUAGACUUUAGUCUUCUCAGUAAUAACUUCAGAAGACAUCAGGACGUUGAAGAGUUUGGCAUUUAUAUAGACACACACGCACACACACACAUUAUGAAACAACCAUUGCUGGAGGGGCCCUGGCUUCCUAUGGAAGAACCUUCGUCUUUGUUGUUGUUGUACAAACCCGUCUCAUACUUUCCAAAGGACACACAGCAGAAAGCCUUUUGUUGCCUUAUUUCUAAAGGCCUGAAGUUUUUAAGGGAAGAGAUUUUGUUUUCCUCCUGGCUACACAAUGGAGCUUUCAGAGAACCCCUUUUAAAAGGAAUAGCUACAGUCUUUGUGUUGAAGGGUGUGUCUGUUGGCAGGGUCUGCUGAUGCAGACAGACUGGCUGGUGAUUAACAAAGGUCAUUAGACUUUGGAAUCUGGCAAGCAGAGUCAGAUGGUAUGUCUUCUGUGUGUAGAAGGACGGCUCCCAAGAGGCUGAGGCUUUCUGGAGGUCCCCCCCCCUCGCCAGCUCUCCCCCACCACCACCCCCCCCCUGCUUUAAGAACUAUUGGACAGUCUGGACCAGGAUCUUCCUCCUUUUCUAAACCACCCGGGUGGCUAGGACUAAGGAGCGAUCAGUUCAUUAAUUCCAUGGGACAGAUGAAUUGAUCAGUUAUGGGGCUUAAAAAGGACCUUCCGAGAUCUUUGUGAAUGCUAUUUGAAGGAAGAGAAGAGAAAGGUGUUCCUAUGGAUAGCCAUGGAAACAGUUAAUUCUUUGUUGGGAAGAGUGGAGUACCCGUUCCGGCCACACACUGCUCUCCUGGUGCUGAUUUCUUAUAUCAACCUAGCAGAGUCUUGUCUGCUGGAGAUGGAGCUGAGAUGCUGAGAUAAGUGAGGCCAUGUUGUGCACGGACGAGAAGCUAGGAGCCUCAGAGUGCAGGAGUUGUCUGAGCUAAAAUGGCUGCUCCUGAGUGAAGCUCAGAAGACUGGGACAGCUUAGUGAGUCUUAAAGCUUCAGUGACGCAGGAGCUCCUAUCUCUUGAAAGUGUGAUAAACACAUUCUGCAGAGCUGUGGCUUGUUUGGCUGAGAUGAAAGGACUCAGCUUGGGGGAUGGGGAGUGAAAACUGGAUGAUCUGCUUUUCUGUAAAGUGCUCUAAAUGCAGGAGUCGCCUGCACCAUGGAAAAAUUUGUUUUCAGGUCUAAUGGACUGUGCGAAAGGAGACAUGGGGUGGGGCUUCGGUCCCUGCUGUAAUUUGAUCCAGAGCAGAUAGCAACCUCUUCCACACAAUUUGGGCUGGUUGCUUAGACAUAAAAGCUUGAGGAUCUCGGUUGUGGCAAAUCUAGGAGCUGAAAAGGACCUAGGAAUUUCCUAAUGUAAAGGAAUAAACCGAAAUCAUGGAGGUACUACAGUGUGAUGGCUGUGAUUUCCGAGCCCCAUCCUAUGAAGACCUCAAAGCUCAUAUUCAGGAUGUCCAUACUGCAUUUUUGCAACCGACAGAUGUUGCUGAGGACAAUAUUGAGCCACGCUCUGGAUCUGUGAAUGCCAGUAAUCAGACAGAGGUGGAAUUUUCUACUGUAAAGGAUGAAUUCACAAUUGCAGAUGAUAUAUCAGGUCAAAAUGCAGCUGUAAUGGGGACUGGAAGUUAUUAUGGUCACAGCCCAGGAUAUUAUGGCCAGCACAUCUCCCCUCAUCCCAAGCCAACAAACAAAUUUUUUCAGUGCAAGUUCUGCGUUCGUUACUUCAGGUCAAAAAACCUCCUCAUAGAGCACACUAGGAAAGUCCACGGUGCACAAGCUGGUGGAAAUUCCCUUGGGCCCUCUGCCACCGGAUCCUUAAAUUAUAACAUCAUGAUGCAUGAAGGAUUUGGAAAAGUUUUCUCUUGCCAGUUUUGUACCUACAAGUCACCAAGGAGGGCAAGAAUCAUCAAGCAUCAGAAGAUGUAUCACAAAAAUAACCUGAAAGAGACCUCUGCUUCCCCAAGCACACCCCCUUCGCUGACUGACCCUGUGGGUGCAUCGGUCCCAAUACAAGACCCCUGCAAAGAACUUCCAGCCGAGGUGGUAGAGCGCAGCAUCUUGGAGUCCAUGGUUAAACCCUUAACCAAGUCAAGGGGCAAUUUUUGCUGUGAAUGGUGUAGCUAUCAGACCCCCCGCCGAGAGCGCUGGUGUGACCAUAUGAUGAAGAAGCAUCGGAGCAUGGUCAAAAUACUCUCCACUCUGAGGCAGCAACAAGAAGGAACCAAUCUCCCUGAUGUUCAGAAGAGUUCCCCGAGUCCUGUCCCGAAUUCCAGCUAUGUGUCCAUGAAUGCCACAAGCCGCGAGAUGCCCAAUGCCAACGUUUCUAGUUUCAGAGGCUCCAUGGGCAACUCUCUCAUUCGAUCCAGUUCUUCUCCAGCUUCUAAAUAUUCUCCUGUGUCUUAUCCUCCGAUAAAGCCUAAAUCACCUCACAAUUCUGGCCUAGUUAACUUGCCUGAGAGAUCCCGUUACGGAAUGGCUGACAUGACAAAUUCUUCCACUGACCUAGAAACUAACAGCAUGUUAAAUGAUUCUAGUUCUGAUGAAGAAUUAAAUGAAAUAGACAGUGAGAAUGGCUUGAAUUCCUUGGAUCACCAGACCUCAGGAAUGUCUGCCGAACAACUGAUGGGAUCCGAUGGGAACAAAUUGUUGGAGACAAAGGGGAUACCUUUUAGAAGAUACAUGAAUAGGUUCCAGUGCCCUUUUUGUCCUUUCCUCACCAUGCAUCGACGCAGCAUCUCCCGCCAUAUUGAAAACAUCCACUUGUCUGGAAAGACAGCCAUCUACAAAUGUGAUGAAUGUCCGUUUACUUGCAAGAGCUCAUUAAAACUUGGAGCUCACAAACAAUGCCACACAGGUACGACAUCCGAUUGGGAUGCUGUGAAUUCCCAAGCUGAAAGUCUUUCUGCCUCACUCAAUGAAGGCCCCAUGUCUUAUGAAACCGCAAACAUGAACGGUAGGAAGACGGGAGUCAUGCUAGAGACUCUGCAGCAGCAGCAGCAGCAACAGCAGCAGCAGCAGCAGCAGCAACAGCAUCAGCAGUCACAGUCGCAGCAGCCGCAGCAGUCGCAGCCGCAGCAGCAGCCCCCGCUGCCGCAGCCGCAGCAACCGCAGCUGCCGCAGCCGCCCCCGCCCCCGCCGCCGCCCCCGCCGCCCCCGCCGCCAACGCAGUCCCAACCGCAGCAUCCUUACAAAUGUACCAUGUGUAAUUACUCCACGACCACACUGAAGGGGCUCCGGGUCCAUCAGCAGCAUAAACAUUCGUUCUGCGACAACUUGCCAAAAUACGAGGGGCAACCCUCAAACUUACCGUUGGAAAGUGAGACAGAUGGGCACACCUCUUCCAGCAACACUGUGAAGAAAAGUCAGACCUCAAUCCUCGGCUUAUCCUCCAAAAAUAACUUUGUCGCUAAGGUUCCUAGGAAGAUUUCCAAUGAUUUCCCUCUCGAUCUAUCACCGGUGAAGAAGAGAACGAGAAUCGACGAGAUAGCAAGCAACCUGCAGAGCAAAAUCAACCAGACCAAACAGCAAGAAGAUGCAGUGAUCAAUGUGGAAGACGAUGAAGAGGAAGAGGAAGAGAACGAAGUGGAAAUUGAAGUAGAAUUAGACAGAGAAGAGGAGCCGACCGAGUCGCUGAUGGACGUUCCCAGUGCUUUCGCGGCUCAGCAGAUUUGGGCGAGGGAGAGUAGCGAUCCUCAGAAAGAGUCUAACUUCAGAAACGUGCCACAUGAUUAUAAUGCCACGAACGGGGCGGAGAUUGAGCUGACUCUCUCGGAAGACGAAGAGGACUAUUACUGCUCCUCGGUGAACAUGAAAGAUCACCAAGCUUCCAAUACUGCUCUUCUCAACAACCAGCCCAGCAUAUAUGGUGCUGAUCACAACAAUGAGAGCGCAGAAUUCAAUGACUCUGGGAGGCUUUACUAUUGCAAACACUGUGACUUCAGUAACAAAUCUGCCAGAAGCGUCAGCACCCACUACCAACGGAUGCACCCAUACAUUAAAUUCAGCUUUAGGUACAUUUUGGAUCCCAACGAUCAUAGUGCAGUGUACAGAUGCCUUGAGUGCUACAUCGACUACACCAAUUUUGAAGAUCUGCAGCAACAUUAUGGUGAACAUCAUCCUGAAGCAAUGAAUGUACUCAACUUCGAUCAUUCGGAUUUGAUCUAUCGCUGUCGUUUUUGUUCGUACACAAGCCCGAAUGUUAGAAGCCUGAUGCCGCAUUACCAAAGAAUGCAUCCAACUGUUAAAAUUAACAACGCCAUGAUAUUCUCGAGCUAUGUGGUGGAACAGCAAGAGGGACUGAAUGCUGAGUCUCAGACCCUGAGGGAGAUUCUGAAUUCUGCUCCCAAAAAUAUGGCCACUUCUACCCCUGUGGCUCGUGGGGGUGGCGUGCCGAGUGCAUUUAGUAAGAACGCCCCUUCAAAGACUUUCACUACAGAAUGUGAAAAUCAGAAAGACCCUGCGGUCAACACCGUUGUCGUUUAUGACUGCGAUGUGUGUUCGUUUGCGAGCCCAAACAUGCAUUCGGUAUUGGUUCAUUAUCAGAAGAAACACCCUGAAGAGAAGGCUUCCUACUUUAGAAUCCAGAAAACCAUGCGCGUGGUGUCUGUGGACAGGGGCUCUGCCCUUUCUCAGCUAUCCUUUGAGGUGGGUGCUCCAAUAUCUCCCAAAAUGCCCAACAUGGCUUCCCCGCCCCCCCCACAACCCCCACCACCAGACCUCAGCACUGAGCUUUACUACUGCAAACACUGCUCCUACAGCAAUCGGUCAGUUGUGGGGGUGCUUGUCCAUUACCAGAAAAGACAUCCAGAAAUUAAGGUUACUGCCAAAUAUAUCAGACAGGCCCCUCCUACAGCAGCAAUGAUGAGAGGGGCCGAGGUGCCCCAUGGUGCUCCAAGGCCACCUGUCCCCAUGCAGAGAUUGAACCGAGGCAGCUCAGAGAGAGAUGUCCCUCCUGUGGAGAAUGAGAUGUUUUUUUGCCAGCACUGUGACUAUGGGAACCGGACGGUCAAGGGAGUGCUCAUUCACUACCAGAAGAAGCACCGGGAUUUCAAGGCCAACGCGGAUGUCAUCCGACAGCACACGGCCACCAUCCGGAGCCUCUGUGACCGUGGUCAGAAGAAGUCGGGCGGCUGUAUGCUGGUCCCUUCCUCCACCACGGAUCGGGAGAAAGCCAAACUCCGAGCUCUCAAGUGCAGGCAGUGUUCUUACACCUCUCCUUACUUCUAUGCACUGAGGAAGCAUAUCAAGAAAGACCACCCCAGCCUGAAGGCCACAGUCACUUCCAUUUUGAGAUGGGCAUUUUUAGACGGCUUGAUAGAAGCUGGCUAUCACUGUGAAUGGUGUAUUUAUUCGCACACAGAGCCCAGCGGUUUGCUUCUGCAUUACCAGAGGAGGCACCCUGAGCAUUAUGUUGACUAUACGUACAUGGCCACGAAGCUCUGGGCAGGGCCGGAUCCAUCCCCUCCUUCCCUGACGAUGGCCGCCGAAGCCAAAACGUACAAAUGCAGGGACUGUAUUUUUGAAGCCUCUUCCAUUUGGGACAUCACCAAUCACUACCAGGCUUUCCACCCUUGGGCCAUGAAUGGCGAUGAGUCCGUCUUGCUGGACAUUAUCAAGGAGAAAGAUGCCGCCGAGAAAAUCCUCACCCCUGAAGAGAUAGCCAGCCAGGUCAACUGUGAGAAUAAGAUGAUCUCCCCCCUCCCGGAGCAAGACACCGAGUGCGCAGAAGACGCGAGGCUUUCCCCAGAAAAGAGCAUCCAGUUGACCUCCGCCAACCCUGCCAUAUCAUCCACCCCCUAUCAGUGCACGGUGUGUCAGUCUGAGUACAAUAACUUACACGGUCUUCUCACCCAUUAUGGGAAGAAGCACCCAGGGAUGAAGGUGAAAGCUGCAGAUUUUGCCCAGGACAUCGACAUCAACCCUGGUGCUGUUUACAAGUGUAGGCACUGUCCGUACAUUAACACCCGCAUCCACGGAGUCCUCACCCACUACCAGAAGAGACAUCCAUCCAUCAAGGUGACCGCAGAAGAUUUCGUGCAUGACGUGGAACAGUCUGCGGACAUGACUCAGGCCGAAGUGGAGGAGACAAGCAGGAUUUUCAAGCAGGGUUACGGUGCUUACAGGUGCAAGCUCUGCCCUUACACUCAUGGUACCCUGGAGAAGCUCAAGAUUCACUAUGAGAAGUACCACAACCAGCCAGAGUUUGAUGUCUUCGCCCAGUCGCCCCCCAAGGUGGCCGUCACCCUGGAGCCUGAGAUGCCCGCGGCCGACAUCAGUCCCUCCCAGAUCCCUGCUGCCGACGAAGAAGUGGCAGAAGUGUCCAUGGCCACUUCCCAUUUCUCUGCUUCCCACCUGGUCUCCCACACUGUGUUCCGGUGCCAGCUUUGCAAAUAUUUCUGUUCCACGAGGAAGGGGAUUGCCCGACACUACCGGAUCAAGCACAACAACGUCCGGGCCCAGCCAGAGGGGAAAAACAACCUGUUCAAAUGUGCCCUGUGCUCCUACACCAACCCCAUCCGGAAGGGCCUGGCUGCCCACUACCAGAAGCGGCACGACAUCGAUGCCUACUACACCCACUGCCUGGCGGCCUCCAGGACGGUCAGCGACAAGCCCAAUAAGGUGAUCAUCCCCUCCCCUCCCAAGGAUGACUCCCCUCAGCUGAGUGAAGAGCUGAGAAGGGCAGUGGAGAAGAAAAAGUGCUCCCUCUGUUCCUUCCAGUCCUUCAGCAAGAAGGGCAUCGUGUCCCACUACAUGAAGCGUCACCCUGGGGUGUUCCCAAAGAAGCAGCACGCCAGCAAGCUGGGGGGUUACUUCACCGCGGUCUAUGCGGACGAGAACGAGAAGCCGGCCCUGCUGGAGGAGGAGCAGUCCGAGUUCGAGAGGCCUGAGCUGGAGACCCCCGGAGAGACGCAGGAGAUGGAGUGGCUGCCCUUUCGCUGCAUCAAGUGCUUCAAGCUGUCCUUCAGCACCCCCGAGCUGCUGUGCAUGCACUACACCGAGCACCACAGCAAGGACCUCAAGAGAGACUUCGUCAUCUUGGGGAACGGCACCCGCUCUCUGGGUUCUGCCUUUCAGUGUAAACACUGUGAUAGUAGGCUGCAAAGUAUGGCAGAACUGACCUCACACUUGAACAGUCACAAUGAGGAAUUCCAGAAGCGUGCCAAACGUCAGGAGAGGAGGAAACAGCUUUUGAGCAAGCAGAAAUAUGCAGAUGGUGCUUUUGCAGAUUUCAAACAAGAGAGGCCUUUUGGUCACUUAGAAGAGGUGCCAAAGAUCAAGGAGAGGAAAGUUGUGGGAUACAAAUGUAAGUUCUGCGUGGAAGUGCACCCAACGCUCCGCGCCAUCUGCAAUCACCUCCGCAAGCACGUCCAGUACGGGAAUGUCCCUUCAGUGUCAGCUGCUGUGAAGGGGCUGCGUUCUCACGAAAGGAGCCAUUUGGCAUUGGCCAUGUUUACCCGGGAGGACAAGUACAGCUGCCAGUACUGUUCCUUUGUCUCUGCUUUCAGGCACAACCUGGAUCGCCAUAUGCAAACUCAUCACGGACACCAUAAACCGUUUCGCUGCAAACUCUGCUCCUUCAAAUCCUCCUAUAAUAGCCGACUGAAAACUCAUAUACUCAAAGCUCAUGCUGGUGAACAUGCUUACAGAUGUUCCUGGUGCUCAUUUUCCACCAUGACAAUCAGCCAGCUGAAAGAACACUCCCUUAAGAUCCACGGAAAAGCCCUGACCCUCCCAAGACCUCGUCUGGUCAGCCUUCUCUCCUCACACGCCCACCACUCCUCACAGAAAGCUGCCUCUACUGAAGAAGUAGAAGACUCCAAUGACUCUUCCUAUUCAGAACCUCCAGAUGUUCAGCAGCAGUUGAACCACUAUCAGUCAGCUGCCCUGGCGAGGAACAAUAACAGUGUCAGCCCUGUACCUCUUUCUGGGGCCACUGCCGGAGCUGAACAGAAAACUGAAGCCAUUCUUAACUGUGAAUUUUGUGAAUUCUCCUCUGGUUAUAUUCAGAGCAUUAGGCGUCAUUACCGUGACAAGCAUGGAGGGAAGAAGCUCUUCAAGUGCAAAGAUUGCUCCUUUUAUACAGGCUUUAAAUCUGCUUUUACUAUGCACGUGGAAGCUGGGCAUUCCGCAGUUCCCGAGGAGGGUCCCAAAGACCUGCGCUGUCCCCUCUGCCUUUACCACACCAAAUAUAAACGCAACAUGAUUGACCACAUCGUGCUGCAUCGAGAAGAGCGAGUUGUUCCCAUUGAAGUGUGCCGUUCCAAACUGUCAAAAUACUUGCAGGGAGUAGUUUUCCGCUGUGAUAAGUGUACCUUCACCUGCUCCAGCGAUGAGAGCUUGCAGCAGCACAUUGAGAAGCACAAUGAACUCAAACCUUACAAAUGCCAACUCUGCUACUAUGAGACCAAACACACGGAGGAGCUGGACGGCCACCUUCGCGAUGAACAUAAGGUAAGCCGUAACUUUGAGCUGGUUGGACGAGUUAACUUGGAUCAGUUGGAGCAAAUGAAGGAGAAAAUGGAGAUGACCAGCAGUGAUGAGGAAGAGGACAAGGAAGAAGAAAUGAACAGCAAAGAUCUUAUGAGGUUUUCUGAGGGCAGGGUUUGCUCUGAAAAGCGAUUUCCAUGCGAGUUCUGUGGACGGGCAUUUGCCCAGGGCUCCGAGUGGGAAAGGCAUGUGCUGAGACACGGCAUGUCUCUGAAUGACAACAAGCAAGUGAGCAGAGAGGAUGACCAUCCGAAGGAGACCUUGGAAGAAAAUACGAAGAUAACAUUAACAGAAGAAAGAGAGGGCGAUGAGGAGGUGGAGAUGGACUUUUCCCUGAAGGAUGAAACAGUAGCAGUCUGUGUGGUAGCUGCUGACAAAUCUCUCCUGGAGAAUGCAGAGGCCAAAAACGAAUAAGCAUUUGGUGUGAUUCUUAAUCAAACCCUACUUGAACAUCGAUGAAGGGGUGGGAGGGUGGGGUUGGGGUGGGAAGGGAGGGUGAAGGAGAAGACAGAAACAAAGCUGCUUUUUAGGACUGAACGAUCUAUUUUCAAAGCACUGGUACCUGUGUGAGUGAGUGUGUAUAUUAAAGUUAUUUAAAUGGUGGAAUAAGUGGCUCCAUUACAUCACUGAAUCCUUUCUUCCGGACCUCACUAUGGAAAGUACAUUCAUUUCAGAAUGUGGAAGCAACUCCCACAUUAUACAAUGUGAUUUGUGGUGGAGUCUUGGACGGUUAAUGGAAAGGGGAAGCUUCAUGAGAGUGGAAGAAGACGUCUCGUAGGGGGGACAACUUUUUGACGCACAACUUUUGGUGCGUUUUUCUAAUUUUAAUACAGUAAGCUUUUUCCAGACUUAACUGCAGCCGCUUUGAGGAAGAAAAAAAAAAAAAAACUGCUUUGCUUAAAACAGUCACCUGUUUCCUAGUACCUCAAAAUUAACCAAGGGAAUUCUCUGCAUUUGUCAGUACUACCUGUCAUUGUCGUGGUUAAAUGUAGAGAGAACUGCUGGACAAGAUGGUGAAUGGGGAAAAAAAAAGUUUUAAAGAAAGGAAAACAAAUUGUGCUUAAAAUCCCAGUGUGGGUUUUAUUUCUUAAAAUACUGUGAUUUUUUAAUUAUUUUAGUAAAAAACAAAACAAAAAAAGAAACAGACUUUAAUUACUAGAUAACUGUUUGUGAGUUGUCAUCCUUUAUUCCAGGUAAGCUGUUCGUUAGUGUUGAACCAUAAUUUAGGAUUUGAUAGAUCCGCGUGAGCUAAUUUCAAGGGGAUUGUGCCGGUUUGUUUGCCACAUGUUACUUUUCUACCAACCUGCGGUGUUACAGAUACAGCACAAUUCAGUUUUUUCAUGUAAAAUGUUUUGAAUUUUUCUGUUUGUUUUUUUUUUUUUUAAACUGGGGGGGAGCAAGGGAGAUUUAGUUCUUGUGAAUAGGAAUGUUUUGAUUUUCAACAUGGAAAUAACAAAGAAAUUAACUUUUUUUUUUUUUUUAAUUUAACUAAAGAACCAAACUUAGGGCACAGCUAUGCAGCUUGUGGGCCAGACAAGGAGGUCCUCGUCAUCAUUUCUUUUUGUUAUUGUUGUUGUUGCUUGUUGGAUUAACAUAUUAUCAGUCUCACACAAAUAGUUUCUGUUAAGAUUGGCUGGCUUUUCAUGUGUGGUCUUUUUUGUUCCUUUUUUUUUUCUUAAAGUUUGUUUUUGGUGGGCAAGAGGAUGUGUUUGAAUCGCAUCCCUAAGGCUAGAGAGGAUGAGAAAUAUGUCUGUCCUACCAGAAGCCUGGAGAACUGCUUGUUAAUGGAUCUAAAGAAGAGCUGCUAUGUUUCCCCCUUGUUAGUGGUCACAGGAGGGGAGCAGCUUUGGCUGAAUCUGAGUCUACACAUAUGGUAUGUUCUGAUUGUGAACAAAGGGUUUCGUUCCAAAAAAAGUAGAAAGAACUUUUUAUUGAAACCUAGUUUUUAGACGUGUGUGCACGGGCACACAUGCAUGUGCCCAUGUGCAUACUGGCGUGUGUGAGUGUGUGUGUGUAUGUGUGUGUGUGUGAGUGUGUAUGUCCUUUUGUUUUCCUGUUUGUUUUUUUACUUGGGAGGGUCUGGGGGAGGGGAGGGAGGGCAGAAAGGGAAGGGGAGUUGCUGAGAGGUGGUCCCACACAGCUUCAAAUAAAAUCCAUGGAAAGAUGUUGCAUUUGUGGAAUAGGUGCUUACUUGAAAAGCAUGGUUUUUAUUUUUAUUUUUUCCCUUUUCCUUUAUUGAUGUUAUAAGGUUUUUAUUUGCAGGGUGUUUAUUUUAUUUUGGGGGAGGGUUAAGGGAGGGAAAGCAUCUUGUGGAAACCAGAAAAGGGGGCGGGUGUGAACUAUCUAGACAAAUACUCAUUUUUGUGUCCAUAUUUGUUUUAAAUUGGCCUCAUUUCAAAUGUAUUUAAACAGUUCCAUACCUGGAUUGGGUGUUUGUAAUGGUUACCAAAAAAAAAAACAAAACAAAACAAAAACAAAAACAAAAAAAAAAAAGAAGAAAAAAGAAAAAAAAAAGAAAAUGAUUGUGACAUGCUUUUAUCACUACUUUAUUUUUCAAAUAACAUGUAAAUAUUGUAAUCCAUUGGAUUUUGUUUUGCUAACCUGUUAAUAAAAAAUAUGGGACCAUUAUCCUUUUAACAAGGCUAGAAUGUCAUUUCUUUCUUUAUUCAAAAUGUAUACCUGUUAUAUUGUGGCCACACAUUUUGGAUGCAUUAUUACAAUUCUGUUGACUGUAAUGACCUAGAAUUGACACCAUUUUUUUCAUUGUUUAAUUUAUACAGAGGACAUUUUUUUCCAGAGCUUGAGAGAAGGAAAUAAAUAGCAAAAUGAUGACCCCUUGGUUCUAGCCAGUCAGUAUUUCCUGACACUUAAUUAGUGAUAGGGAGAUCCUGAGUCUCUGAAGCAAAGGGUUAAAAAAAAAAUUUAAAAAGCAAGUAGGUUAUUCAAGUUGUUGGCAACGUACAUUUUGUAAUGAAAAGUGAAAAAUUAAUAAAGAAUUUUUUUCAA